AUGGUGCAAGUGGGCGACGAGGAGAAGAAAGCAGAAACCAUUUUCAAUCAAAUCGGAAUGCCGGAAGAUUCCAGAAAAACAUCGAAAAUAUUAUGUUGCAAUCUGACGCGAUAUCUGAUUUUGAUUCUGACACUAACAUGUCUAACUCUCCUCCAAAUGAACUCAUUGACCUUCAACUUCACAGUCAUUUGUAUGUCAGACAUCGUUGAUGACUACCACGGAAUUCAUCCGAAUGAAACUCAUUGGUUCGAAGAUAGUAACAUGAAAUCGCUCGUUUUCUCGUCAAUGGCAAUGGGUGGUCUAUUAGGUCUUCUAGUAGCCAUGCCAUUAAUGCAUCGAGUCGGAGUUCGCCUGGUUCUGAGCAUUUGCGGCGUUUUUUCGAUUGUCGGGACCGUUUUGUUCCCAUUGGCAGUGGAAUUCAACUUUUUCAGUGUUCUAGCAGUGAGAUUCUUACAAGGUCUUGGAAUCAGUAUGGUCUUCACCGUACUUGGCUCGGUGCCAACCGCGUGGGCUCCCAAUAACGAAUCGAGUACUUUUCUGGCAGUUUUGUCAUGCGCUUUCCAGAUGAGUAAUGUGGUCUGCAUGCCGAUUUCUGGAUUCUUGUGUGAAUCUUCAUUGGGUUGGCGGUCAAUCUACUACUUAUUCGGAAUCAUCACAACGAUUUUCUUCCUCAUUUUCUACUUUUUCUACACCGAUUCCCCCAGAGACCAUCGAAAUGUGUCGAACAAAGAAUUGAGCCUUAUCUCUCUAGAUAAGACGUCAUCUUCUCAAAAGGAAUCGGUCCCUUAUUUGGCGAUUUGCAAGGAUCCAUGUGUUCUCGUCACUUGGCUAUCUAAUGUCGGUGGAAACCUCGGAUUCCUCACACUGGUGUUGUACGGCCCAACAUAUCUCCGUGAAGUUCUCCACUUCGAAGUCAGUGGAACAGGAUUUGCCAGUGCUCUGCCGUUUUUGCUGUCAGCCGCGGUGAAAUCUAUCGCCGGGCAGCUAUCAGAUCGCUGUGACUUCGUGUCAGAGCGAGUCCGAUUCACCAUUUGCGGAAUAGUCUCAAGACUUGGACUGGCGAUUGGAUAUAUCGGUAUGGCAACGACUUCCAGCACUCUGGUAGCUCAAAUUGCGUUCACCUUCUCAAUCGCUGUCUCUGGUCUCAAUAUUAUGGGCACAGUGAAAUGUUUGCAGUUGCGCUGCAAACAACAUGUGCACUUUGCCGUCUCCGCUAUUGCUCUAAUGGCCUACGUGAUCCAAUUCGGCGCCCCAAUUCUCGUCGGUAUCAUUUGCCCGGAUAACACACCCGAACAGUGGGGAUGGUUAUUCAUGAUUAUCGGAGUUAUCGUCUUUCUCACUAGUGCACCGUUCCCCUGGUUUACAACCGCCGAGCCAGCCGAGUACACAUUAUCGAAGGAGAAACAAAAAGAGUUGGCGAAAGAGAGAGAAUUGGAAGAAUCUUGUUAG